AUGUCAUACGACCUAGGUGGACCCGGCGCAAAGUCGGCCUCGCACCUCCCGCAGCAGCAGCGCCCGAGCUCGGGCCACAGACCAUCACGGAGCAUGGGCAGCGUACCGACGCGCCCUCCGCCGCCGCCGGGCGGCGUGUCGCCCUCGAGCAGCGGCAUUCCGAGCAGCGGCAUCUCGCCCUCGAGCUCCAAAUCCGCGCUCGCAGCAGCAUCAGGAGCGACAUCCAAGCUCGCGCCGCCGACCCAGGCCGUCCCGAAGUUCAACGAGAUAUACAUCCAGGCUACAGAACAGAACGACGGACUGCGAUGGGCGCCAGCAGAGCCGCCGACCGACACGCCGCUCGCGCCACUCGAAGCGCUCGCCGAGAGCAGCAGCUUCCGCGAGCAGCUGUGGGAGCGCAAGACGAAGCGCUGGCAUCCCGACCGCCCGUCCAUCUCGCUGCGGGGCAAGUGGAGGACGCUCGACGAGCUCGACCGUAUCGUCGCGCGCAUCAACGUCUCGCGCAUCGACUCACUGCUGGUCAAGUUCUCCCCGCCGGCGCACUUUCGCUUCGCGUACAAGUUUCUCUUUAUGCGCCUGCACGUCACGGGGCUGCGUCGACUUGGGAUCGACGACCCCCUCCCGCCUGCAGCUAUUCCUGCCCUCGCCAACUUUAUCCGGAGCCCGCGGUCGCACGGGCUCGUCGAGGUUGUGUUUGACGGCUCGGCGCUGAGCUACGACGACGUCGCGCCGCUCGCCGCCGCCGUUAAGGACAACACAACCCUCGCGCGGCUGUGUGUCGGCGCAUGCAACCGCCGGCUGUACAUGCCCAUGCGGCAGAGCUGCCAGUGCUUCCAGCCGCUCACCAAGAUGUGGGGCCACGACGGCGCGUCCGGCCACCUGGGGCACAUCGCGCCCAUGCUCCUCCGCAACCGCGACAUGACGGCCAAGGUGCACAAGGCGGCGCUGCGCAGCCUCGUGCCCGCACGGAUACUCCUGCGCGCGGCCGACGUCGCGGCGGACACGAGCUCCGAGCUCUCGGGGUCAGCGCCGCGCGUCACGGCCCAGCCGUACCGCUCCAACGGGUUCACGGUCAAGCGGCCCGUCCGGAGCCCGCCGCGCACGGCCGCCGUGCUGAGGUUACCCAGGGAGGCGCUGGCGCGGAUACUGCACUUUGCGGCCGACGAGUCGGCGCUGCUGACCGACGACCAGGUCGCCGUCGUGCUCGAGCAUGCCGCCGACCCCGCCGCGCUGUCGAGACUCGCGCGCGAGAUUGGGAGCGGUAGGACAGAUACUGUCGAGAGCAGGCAGGUGCGCGUCGAGUGGCUGUCCAAGGGCGGGUUCACGUGGGAGCGCGAGGUGGCCGCCAGGAUACGGCUGCAGGCGCCGCCAGAGAAGGCGCCAGUGCCCGUCAAGCCGCUGGCUGCUGUCCGUCCACCAGUACAGGCGCGGACGCCGUCCCAGACGGGUGGGGGGACGCUGCCUCGGCGGCCAUCACAGACCCAACAGCCGGCGCCGGCACCACCGCCGCCGCCAGCACAACAGCCGCUCAAGUCUGCGCUGAAGCAGCCGUCGAGCCGACUGAUUUAG